AUGGCGACCGAGAAGCGUUCCUCAACAAUCCUGGAAGAAGAUGCAGAUUCCAUGGCCGUACGGCCUCUUACUCCGUCAGCGGCCGACUUCACACCUGGCCAUCGUCGUAGUUUAACACCCCCCGACCCGCAGAAUAGUCCAGCGAGGCGCACGGUGAUUACUCCCGGGGAGUCUAUGGUCAGGCCUGAAUCUGCCGAUACAUCCGAAGUUCUACCGACCGAAAAUGAAACGCACGAUGUGGAUAGCGCGCAAGACAAACGAGAGAUUAAUAUCCCGCAUACUGAUUCAACGACUGGAGCUGAAAGCGAAGUGAAGCCUGACCCAUACCGUCAGAGCGACGUGCCUCAAUAUCCAGGGGUUCAGCAGGGGAACACCACACUACCGAAGGUUGAUACUCGUGCUGAAUCUGCACAGCCAGUGGAGUCAGUUUCAGCCUCCACUGCCCGUAGUGGAAAUGUAAAUGAGCUAAAUGACCGACUAAGGGAUGAAAUCAUUCAAUCGCUACGUUCCACUCAGGCGGAAGAACCUAUAUCAGAAGAUGGAAGUUCAGGCCAGGACGCUAGAUCUCGCAUCCGACAUGAAAGUACUUCAAUCCCCAGUAUAUAUGAUAGUUAUUGGAAUGAGCAAGCAGGCCUCAGUUCUUCCAGCGGCGCUAUGUCUCAGCCAAACCUUCCCGAGCAGGUUCGCAAUUCCGUUGCAGCAGAAACGAGCUCUGGCCAUACCAAACCACACGAGGGAUCAGACGUACUUGCUCCUCCGGGGAACAGUAUUGACGCUACGCCUAUUCCCACACGUCCUCGGCUGAAAAAGAAAUUCUCAUGGGAAAUGGAUUCUGAAGAAGAUUUAUCGGCUGCAUUCUCUUCUAAACCCAAUCCAAUUGAAUCCCAGCCCACGACCGACCCGCCCACCAAUACCACCGUUACUCCGCCAGAUACCAUUCGAAGGGUAGAAGACACACAGCAGUCUUCUCCGCAUGGCCCGAUGUCCGAGAAAGCCAGUAAAGACUCUCCGACCACCGGCCUCGCUCGCACUGCAACACCUUCAGCCGAGAGCAUCCAGUCAGAGCUAGAACCGAAGCCAAGUAGUCCCAUGGAAACCUUGGCCGUGGAGUCCCGAGGUGAAGAGAUCGAUAUACCGUUGAAAAACGUGCCUGAACAUGAACUUCCUGGAACAAAUGCUAACACACACGCCGCCGAUGGCAGCAAACUUCUUGGUUUUCGCGAGGUUAUGGCCAUGUCAACACCUGGCCAAAAGAUCGCUGCUUUUAACCGCACAAGAGACCAGUUUGCUGUGGCAGAUACAGGUCUCCAGGACUGGCUAAUGCAUGCCGCCAUGAGCCUCCCCGAGCAUGCUGAUCUGGUCCAACAAAACGGCGCCCUGCCAUUGGGGUCCAAUCCAUCGCACAGGCCGAUGCCGUCCCGUACGAAGUUCCCGAAGUUGUCAUCUGGUUCCGGAUCAUCCCGCACACAUAUGAGAAAUGCAUCCAGCACCCCUUUGAGCAGCAUGAUACACUCUCAGCAGGUGCAAGCUAAGGGCAAAGAUCUGUUGCACAGUGCUGGAGUUUUGGGUGGGAAAGCAGGCGACGCGGCAAAGGGUCUUUUUGCGAAAGGGAGAAGCAGAUUUCGCCACAGUGGGAGUGCAGACAAGGUAGAUAUCUAA